AUGUCAAGCGCUUCAAAAACUAAAGACGUCAUUCAACGUAAAUUAGUUAUUGUAGGAGACGGUGCUUGUGGCAAAACUUCUCUAUUGUCCGUUUUCAAAUUAGGUCAUUUCCCAAGGGAAUAUGUAAGUACUAGAUCUAAGCCCACCUUCUAUUCACCACAUAGUCAAACGUACAAGACACUAAGACGAAAACAACUUCUGGUCCCAACGGUAUUUGAAAAUCUUGUGACAGAUAUUAAAAUCGAUGGAAAACCUGUACAGUUGGCGUUAUGGGAUACUGCUGGGCAAGAAGAAUAUGAAGUUAGUAAUAACCUUAUGACUUUUUCUCAUGUCAUUUUGAUAGCCUUUGCGGUAGACAUACCCGAUUCUUUUGAGAACGUAGCUGCGAAGUGGAUUGACGAGGUCCAAUCUCUUUGCCCAAAUGUUCCUGUCAUCUUAGUAGGUUUAAAGAAAGAUUUAAGAGAUGACGCAACCGCUAUUACAGAAAUGCGAAAGAAGAGGAUUUCCUUCGUCGAUCCUAAACAGGGAGAAGAUUUGGCACAACAAAUAGGUGCUCGUAGAUAUUUAGAAUGUUCAGCAUUAACUGGUGAAAAUGUCGAUAAUGUUUUUGAAGCUGCCUCAAGGGCCGCACUUUUGUCAUAUGAAAAAAAUCCAGGCUGUUGUAUCAGAGUUUAG